UCUCAUCUUUUAUCUCAUGACUUUCUCAUUCCAGAAUUUAAGAAAAGUAAAUUUAAUAGGAUUAUUAAUUAACUAACUGACUAAUUGACUAACUAAGUGGGAGGUGAACUAAAUUUUAAGUGAACUUUACACUCUGAAUUGCAUCACAUCGCUAUUAUCGUUAAGCAUGACGGGUGGUGUCCUCUCAAAGAUGGGUCUGGGUAGUUUGGAACCCUCGGAUGAAGUGUUGAUGCCCCUCCCAGCAAAAAAGGAGGUCGUUCUAGCCAUUAUCCGGGCUGGAAGUAUCGGAAUCAUCACGUUUUACAUUAUGCGAUGGGCGCUACGCUACGCAGAUCCGACUUAUCAGCAGAAGCAAAAGUCAAAAACCAAGGCAAAGGAGAUUAUGGCCCGAUUAGGAGUAAAGGGGAUCUCCCUGAACGAGCAUGAGGUCAUGAUCGCGACUCACCUCGUGGACCCGAACCACCUCCGCAUCUCAUGGGCCGAUAUAGCCGGGUUAGACCAGGAAAUUGAGCAGAUUAAAAAGACAGUAAUCUACCCCGUCCUUGCCCAGCAGAAGAAUAUUCGUGUCUCAAAACUAGUCCAGCCUCCUAAAGGUGUCCUCCUCUACGGUCCUCCUGGCUGCGGAAAGACAUUGAUUGCCAAAGCCAUGGCGAAAGAGGCGAAAUGCUGGUUCAUCAACUUGGACGUUUCCGUUCUUACGGACAAAUGGUACGGCGAGUCUCAAAAACUUACCGCCGCCGUUUUCUCCCUCGCCGAGAAGCUCCAACCCUGCAUCAUCUUCAUUGAUGAGGUCGACUCUCUCCUCCGCCUUCGCGCAACGCACGACCACGAAGUCACGGCUAUGAUGAAGGCGCAAUUCAUGUCACUUUGGGAUGGACUGAUCACUGAUCCUAAGAAGACCGUGAUCGUCAUGGGCGCUACGAAUCGACCGAAAGACAUGGACACGGCCAUUCUCAGAAGAAUGGCAGCCAAGUUCCACAUCCCUUCUCCCGACAAGAACCAGCGUAAACACAUUCUUGACCUUACCCUAAAGCACGAAGUGAUCGGACCAGACUUCAAUCUGGACAAGUUGGCCCUUAUGACUGACGGAUUUUCCGGCUCAGAUUUGAAAGAGGUCGCCCGAUCCGCCGCGGUCGCCUGUCUCGCUGACCUACAACUCUCUAGAGACACUCUCAAUAAUUUCACUCUCACCACCACUGAAUCCGAGCUACCUUCCUCCCUGACGCGUGGCUGGUUCGACAUGAUCAACCCGUUCGCCUCCUCCUCCUCCGACGUGAUGGACGGUGAUGGUGGGGGUGGAGAUGGAGACGACGCCUCCAUUUCCUCUCUUGACGUAGGUAGCGUGACGAGAAACCUCUCUCUGCGUGCCAUCAACAUGCGAGACUUUGAGCACGCUGUGAUGAAACUGAAGGAGGCACGUGCCCAUUGUGGCAACGCUUUGGAUGCCAGACAUCGCAUCGAGCUGGAUUAGUCGACAUCAUCUACCAAACUACAAAUACCUUACUAUAUAGCCAACCAGUCGAUUUUUCUUGUAAGAAGUCAGCAACUAAUUAAUAAUCUAGUCUUAUUAUAUUCAAUUCAACUAUUAGUAGGUUGUACGUACUAUUGUAAAAACACAUUAUUUUGAACCUUCAAUUUGUUGUAAAAUUUUGACUAAAAAUGUAAACAUGUGUUUGGUA